CAGAUCUAGUGGCUGGGAAUUCAAGAUCAACAUGCUGAUGGAAUUGGCAGUGAAGUUUCUGUCUUCUGGAGUGCAGUCUUUACAGAUGGAGAAAUUAACAUACAGAGAAACUGACUUGUCAGAGGUUGGAACAAGCUGUUAGUGGAUCCAGGAAUAAAUCCCAAACCUCUUAACUCCUUAACCAGUUUUUAGUCCAUUGACUAUGCAUCCUAGUGUGGUAGACUGGAAUGAAGCUAGAAAACACAAAUAUGGCCACCUGUCAGAGUGUACAUGCCAAUAUCAAGAAACUGCUGACUUCCUGGAGCUAGGUCAUUUUACCUGGGACAAAUACCUAAAAGAAACAUGUUCAGUCCCAGCACCUGUCCAUUGCUUCAAGCAGUCAUAUACACCUCCAAGCAACGAGUUCAAAAUCAGCAUGAAACUGGAAGCACAGGACCCCAGAAACACCACAUCCACCUGUAUUGCCACAGUAGUUGGACUAACAGGUGCUCGCCUCCGCCUGCGUCUUGAUGGCAGUGACAACAAGAAUGACUUCUGGCGGCUGGUUGACUCAGCUGAGAUUCAGCCUAUUGGGAACUGUGAGAAGAAUGGUGGUAUGCUGCAGCCUCCACUGGUUGUGAUUCCAAAGAGUCCCUAUCCAGCAUCUGAAGUGAACUCUGAGAAGCCCAGCAUCCACAGCAGCAAAACUAUCUUGGAGCAUCAACCAGGGCAGAAGGGACGUAAACCAGGAAAGAAGAGGGGCCGAACACCUAAGACUCUUAUUGCCCAUACCAUCUCUACCCAAUCCAAGUCAACUGAACCUUUGAAAUUCCCAAAGAAGAGGGGCCCCAAACCUGGCAGUAAGAGAAAACCUCGGACUUUGCUGAGCCCACAACCCACUUCACCAACAACCAGCACCCCUGAACCGGAUACCAGCACUGUCCCCCAAGACGCUGCUACUAUCCCCAGCUCAGCCAUGCAGGCCCCCACAGUUUGUGUGUACUUGAACAAGAAUGGCAGCACAGGCCCCCACUUAGAUAAGAAGAAGAUCCAGCAACUCCCUGACCAUUUUGGGCCAGCCCGUGCCUCAGUAGUAUUGCAGCAGGCUGUGCAGGCUUGCAUCGACUGUGCUUAUCACCAGAAAACCGUCUUCAGCUUCCUCAAACAGGGCCACGGCGGCGAGGUCAUCUCAGCCGUGUUUGACCGAGAACAGCAUACUCUCAACCUCCCAGCAGUCAACAGCGUCACCUACGUCCUCCGCUUCCUGGAGAAGCUCUGCCACAAUCUUCGGAGUGACAAUCUGUUUGGCAACCAGCCUUUUACGCAGACUCACUUAUCUCUCGCUGCCACAGAGUACAGCCACAGCCACGACAGGUACCUACCAGGUGAAACCUUUGACCUGAGGAAUAGUCUGGCACGAUCCUUGGAGCCACACUCAGACUCAAUGGAUUCUACUUUGAAUCCCACCAACCUUGUCCGUACCUCCUCAAAUCUUCGAGCACCUGGGUAUGGACCCUUAAUUCCCUCCUGUGGCCUCCCACCAAGUACCACCUCCGCUGUGCGCAGGCUAUGUUCCAGGGGAGUGUUAAAAGGCUCAAAUGAAAGAAGGGAUGUGGAAUCGUUUUGGAAAUUAAGUCAUUCCCCAGGCUCCGGCCGAUACCUGGAAAGCCGAGACACUUCCCGACUGAGUGACCAGGACCCUUCCUUGUGGACAGUGGAGGACGUGAUGCAGUUUGUCCGGGAAGCCGACCCUCAGCUUGGACCUCAUGCUGAGCUCUUUCGAAAACAUGAGAUCGAUGGCAAGGCUCUUCUCCUGCUGCGCAGUGACAUGAUGAUGAAGUACAUGGGCCUGAAGCUGGGACCUGCGCUCAAACUCUCCUUCCACAUUGACCGGCUGAAGCAGGGCAAGUUCUGAACAGGAGCCACACCUAGACAACUGAUCAGUUGGGCAAAAGAGGCAUUCUUUCCAGAAAGGAGGCUACCAACCUACUCCUAGGUGCCUAGGUGGGGUUCUGGGUCACCUUAUGACUUGAUGAGGCUGGGGAGCCACCACUGCUACCCAUUCCUGCCACGAUACCUCCUUCCAUGAAGGAUGGGGGAUGGGAAAGUAUGGGCACAGGGCCAGAGCUGCUCUUCCUCAGCCCUCCGUGGCACCCAGGUCCCCUCUACUUAUUUCUCAAUCCUGGCCAACUCUCACUAGGAGUAUAGACUGAGCAUUUUGUAAGUGAUGGAGAUAAAGGCCAAUCCUGGGGCCUUAGAAGGCCCUCAUAUCUGGGCCCCUCACCACUUCCUGGGCUUAGUAUGACAUCCUAUGGUCCCAAUUCCUGCCUUCUCACCAGAUCCACAGACUCCAAAUUCAUGGUGCAAACCUCUACCUUUUUUAAAAAAGAUGUUUUCUUAUUGCUAAUUUAUUAUUCUGGCACUUAGGCAAACCCCUCUGGUUAUUGCUUAUCUUGCACCAGACACUGAAUUUGGAGAAGAGGAUGCCCCCUGCUUGGCCUCAGAGAGGUCCUCUCCAGUAUCUGUCGCCCCUUUUCAGAGAACACUGCACUAGGGUAUAGUUUCCUUGGAGCUGUUUGUUGUGUUUGGGAAGGAGAGAGUCUUAUAUCCCCACCACCACUAGGCCCUUUGUAGCCCCAGGCCCAUCUGUGAGAUGGGAGUUCCACACUGUCUCCUUGCCCUUACCAGAAUUGCUGCCGAAGGACCUAAUGCCUCUAGGCCAAGAAGGCCCUGGGGUAGAAGAAGGGAGGGCCUCCAGCCUGGAGUAGUUCUGCCCUUCCACUCACUCUCCCGUGCUUCCUUGUAAGCAAAGUAGCAGCACUGCUGCUCACGCUGCCAUCUGGACUAUUUUAUGUCUAUUUGUUUAUAAAUAAAAACCAAUAUAGA